AUGUUGGGGGCCAAAUUCUCAUAUGUUGCUAAACGCUUUAGUAGCACUGGGCCUGUCUCGCCGGAUUUCUUGAUGGGCCUUUUGAAACGGGUUCAGACGGUGGAGCAACGUAUAGCAGAAAACCAGCACAAGACCGCGAUGAAUCAGAAGAACAGAAGCGCCGCCAAGUCGAAAUAUGCUGGAGCCAAGACUGGUAACCGACCAUUUGAUAACAGAAAGGGACGCCCAGCGGCGCGGAGCGGCGCUAAGACCCCAUCCCAAGGCACGAAGCCUCAGGCCACCUCGAAGAAGGCUCGCCAAUUCACGGGAGGAAGCUAUGGGGAUGCAGUUAACGGUUUCUCGCCCGGCAAAGUGGGUGCCGUAAAAGCUAUGCCUGAAAAGAAGCUUUCAAAGUUGCACAAGCGGACCAGCUCUGUCCGUGCUGUAGAGCAGGUGACUCUUGCGAGGGUUGAAACAUCGAAAUACUACCCUGAGGAGCCAACCCCUCUUUCAUUGGCUCGUUACGCUCCAGGGAGUGGCACAAACCCAGCAACUAGGGCAAAGUCUUUCCUGGUGAAUACUCUGCGGCAGGACUGCUACCCAAUUGGGCCAUUCCGGUUCCACAAUGAUCCAGCCCCAAGCGAAGCUGGCGGUGUUCGGAUCAUGCGGUACCGGUUAGUUCCAAGCACCAAUGGCGCAGUGCAACUUCUUCUAGAACCUCGCAACAACAACGUCACAGUUCUGCCAGACGCUGAGGAGCUCAGAUCUGCAAUUCUAGGAGAGUACAAACCUGUGGAUAUCCAAGCUCUCGGCAUGCCGAAGAAGCCUUUACUCAAGGGAAAAGCUAUGCAAACCCACUUGGAGCAUGUUAAACUUGCAGUGGAAGGCUCCAACCUGCCCACAGAGUACAAGACCUUACUUUACGAACUCGGCACCGGGAUGAAGUCCGUUUCUGAGGCAUCAAGACCCGCCUAA